UAGAAUCUCACCCUGUCACCCAGGCUGCAGUACAGUGGUGCAAUCUCAGCUCACUGCUACCUCUGCCUCCCAGGUUCAAGUGAUUAUCCUGCCUCAGCCUCCUGAGUAGUGGGGAUUGCAGGCACGGACCACCACAACUGACUAAUUUUCAUAUUUUUAGUAGAGAUGGGGUCUCACCAAGUUGGUCAGGCUGGUCUUGAACUCCUGACCUUGUGAUCUGCCCACUUCAGCCUCCCAAACUGCUGGGAUUACAGGCGUGAGCCUAUGCACCUGGCCAUUUCUUAACCCUUCUGACCCUCAGUUUCCCCAUGUAGAAAGUUGACUGGUGCCAUGAUUAAGGCAGGCUCUUCUACUGUGGACCCUCCCCUGCCAAAUGUUUCCUGCAGACCCCAGGACUGUGGCCACCAUGCGUAAGCCCCGCUGCUCCCUACCUGAUGUGCUGGGGGUGGCGGGGCUGGUCAGGCGUCGGCGCCGGUACGCCCUGAGCGGCAGCGUGUGGAAGAAGCGCACCCUGACGUGGAGGGUGCGUUCCUUCCCCCAGAGUUCCCAGCUGAGGCCGGAGACCGUACGGGUCCUCAUGAACUAUGCCCUGAUGGCCUGGGGCAUGGAGACAGAUCUCAAAUUCCAUGAGGUGGAUUCCCCUCAGGGCCAGGAGCCUGACAUCCUCGUUGACUUUGCCAGCGCCUUCCACCAGGACAGCUACCCCUUCGACGGAGUGGGGGGCACCCUAGCCCAUGCCUUCUUCCCCGGGGAGCACCCCAUCUCUGGGGACACUCACUUUGAUGAUGAGGAGACCUGGACUUUUGGGUCAAAAGGUAAAAUCUCCUCUCUUAUGAGAGAUCCUCUUCUGGUCUGGUCUUCAGAAUAUGUUUUCUGUUGUGUGUUUUGUUUAAGAGACAGGGUCUCGCUCUGUUGCUCAGGCUGGAGCGCAGUGGUGCAAUCAUAGCUCACUGGAGCCUUGAACUUCUAGGCUCAAGCAAUC